UGGAAACAUGUCUUGACCAUCCAGGUCUCAGAAACACCAAUCUGACCAUAGACCGUCAACAGACCAUGGCGUUACCAUUUCUCUUUGUAUUGGGACUCUACCUCACCUCUCUCACCUCUUCAGAUGCACAGACUGUCAUCGGUACCUCUUCCUCUUUCUCCUCCUCGCUCAACCAACCCAGAACUUCCUCUCCAAAUCCCACCAAAGAAACUGUACGAUUCUGGCCUCCUUUUCCCACUAGGGGGCGCAGCGAUGUCCCGAUUAAAGCUACACUGCAGAAUGGGCUAUCCAAUACAGUGCAGCCAGGAUCGAGAUUGGCACGUCCCACUACUCCUUCAAGGGCUUUAGCAAAAGCAACAUUAAACCCAAGCAUUGGUCCUAUUGUAAACCAAACCAGCAUUACAAGACCAAGGACAGAUACAGCAAGUCUAGCUAUCACCAGAGCUAAAGCUAAGUUAGAUUCUACAACAAAGGGAACAGCUAUAGCUCAACCUACAUCGGAUGGUGCCUCUAUUACUGUAGCAACAUACAAAGGACUUGACACAGAUUUGCAAGGUUUGGGGUCAGGAAAUGCUCCAACAACCAAAGAUGAACAUUUACUUCCUCCAGGAACACAUGGGAUUGGACUGGCCCAGUAUCGGCCACCAGUACAGACAGUACCCUUUGAAGGGACAUCAGCAACAGUGGUGGAUAUGUCUACAUCAGUCCAACUGACAGAAGAGAAGAAGCCAGAAGUUACAAAAAGCACAACAACAGCAAAGGAAGAAGAUCAGCAAAGGGUAACAGAAUCACCUGUGGCCACACAAGCAACACUUCAACCGGUAGUGUUUGCAGGUGAAUUAACUGCCAAUGCUCCAUCAUCUGACAGAAGCCCAACAAGAAAACUAAUGCCUCCACAGACUACAGCAACCACAGCAACCACCACAAGGCAAGAAACCACUGCGGAAUACAUUAUCUCUGAUCUGACAACAACAUCAAUAGAAGUGACUACACCAAGUACUUCUACUACUACUUCUACUUCAACCACUACGAGGAAAGCAGUGCAAAUAUUGCCCAAAAUAUCCAAUCUCUCCAACAAAACUGCCUUAGCAAGACCAUCUAUGGAUCCAACAAGUCCUCAGUUAACCAGGACAGGGACGUCUUCCUUUCUUACCACUGGUGUUGUACCCGGGACAAGGCCACGGUUAAGCCCUACAUACCAGACUGCUGUAAGCUUCAGAAACCGCUCCUACCCUCUGGGCCGCCCGCAACCCCCUCCGACUGUAAACCCAGGCCCCUCUCCCACUGUAGUCCCAGCCAACGGAACCUUCCUGUAUUGGGGAGAUCUGAGCCGGACUCUCGCUUUUGUCUGGGAGCUACACAUCUAUGGAACAGCCAGUCUCUUCCUGCUUCUGUUUGCCGGUGCUGCCCUUGGUCUUACCCUUUCGCCAGGUGCUAACUGCCCUCAUCGGGGGGCUCUGGCUUUGGCUAACAUUCUCUUAUUUGUAGCAGGGUCCAUCAGAGCUACUUUCUUUCUAAUUGACCCAUAUGGUACACGUAAAGUCCUCCCUCGUCCUGCAGUUAUAGCCCUGUACAACCUACCUUUACAUUUACUGGUGUGGACUCAAGCGACCAUGCCAAUACUGGCUAUGAGAGCAGCAGGUGUGAGUUUGUUUCCUCCUACUCUUGAGCGCCCUCCACUGGUGGCUGUACUGGCUGUGUUGCAGUGCACCCUCCUCCUUGCUGCUGACCUGCUCUCACCAGCCCUUUCCCCAGUGGUACCAGUCACUCUGCAGUUCUUGUCUUUGUGCUGGGGUCUGGCUGUUUGCUUUGUGUUUCUGUGCUACAUUUUCCCUCAGAUUCGCUGCCCUCAUCUUCCUCAUGCAGCACUUCCUGAUGAGUCUCGGAGGAAAGCUUGGACUGGGAGCAGGAGACUGGUGGUGAUUUUGGGCAGAGUGUUGGCUGUGUGUGCAAUUUUAGGAGCUCUGUGCUGCUGUCUGCAUGCUCAUGCUACGCUCUGGCUUCAUGGGCUCCUGGGGGAGUGGACUCGCUUUAGCUGGGGCUGGUGGCUGAUGCACUUCUGGGCUCGACUUCUGGAGCUGGCCUGGGGAUUCUCUCUCCUGCUGCUGGCCUCCUGGCUCUUCUGGAAGCCUCAAAGCUUUCAGGGUAGAGAUGAAGCAGGGACAGAUGGACGCACGGUAGGAGACAUGUCCUCCGCAGGACAGUCCAGUGCGUCAGCACAGAGACACACCUGCUGGUCCAAGAUUGUUCAAAGCCUGAAAGGAAAGCCCUGCAGAAAGUCUGACAGUAAUGGGGUGGGGUCAGCACAGGGAGAGGUGCCUAAUAACUGGGCGGGCCAGGACCGGUCUGCAGCUGAUAUAAGUAAGAGCCUUAUCAGGAACCAGAACCAGACCCCGGCCAUAACAGGACCCAUUAAAGACAACAAUCGCAGGGCUCACUCUGUAGAGCAUGGGGUUUCUGAUGACUCCUCUGGGUCCCAGCUCCGUCUGCAGCCAUUCAUGCGCCCCCCUCAGCGCUCAGUCAGUGGGAGCCAGGACAUAGACAGAGACACCUCAGUCUCUCUUUAUGAGUUUGAUCUGAGGCCCCCGUCCCCCAUUGAUUUAACCCGCAGCAUCGACGAGGCACUGCACAGAGAACAUCUGGUGACAGGGGGCAGCUUGUUCCACCCUCCACUCUCUCAGACCCCUUCCCCGGGAUCAGGCCUCAGCCAGGGCCCAUGGCUGCGCAGGAACAGUGACCCUCAGCUCUCUGAGAGCAGUGAUGCCACUGAGUCAUCCAUGCCCCUAGGGGGCAGUGUUAUGAGCAGUGUUCCCAGCAGGCAGGUCACAGCACCCCCCACACCUUCUCACCAGGGGCACAAAUGGGCAGGGGCAUUGGGAAGUGUUCCAUCUUCAGUGUCCUGCCCUGUAUCCCUCCGUCCAUCCAGAACGUCGUCAGGACGCCUGGAAGAGGACGCGGUGGACGACACAAGGCCCUUCAUUACUCCAGACUCAGAUAGGGGGCGCCGUCGAGCUGCUCGUCCUGCAGGCUCACGGAGUUACCUUGAAGUGUCCCGGCAUGACGACUCUGCUAGUGUGAGCAGUGAGAUUAUUGACCUAUGAACCACACUAUGGGACCCUCCAACACAUUUAAAAAUGCUUUUUUUUAGCUUUCAAUUAUUUUAGGUGGAAAAAUAUACAAAAGCAUUUGUGGGAUACUUAAAUAAAGUAUUACCAAGCUGCCUUUUAACUUUUUGAAAAUAGCAGAUGUUAAACAUGGUACUUUUACUCUGGGAGUAAAUCAUGACACAACCUUUUACCCACUGUCAAGCUGCAUCUCACACUGGUAUCAUACGACACUGGGACAAAGUAUUUUAAACAUUAGUAAUAUAUGCAUAUCUAUCCGUGAAAUCUACAUCUCUACACUGUAUACUGCAAAGACCCAGUAGAAUCAUGUCCUGCUUCAGUUUGCUUAUUGACAAUGUGCCAUAUGUUUGUUCUGGGCUUUUCUAGAUAUUGUUGACACAUAAUUUUAUUAGAUCAGGUUAAUGUUCUUGAUUAACAGUUGCCACCGCCUGUCUUUAUGCAGAUGGUUACAUGGACAGAGAACAUGACACAGCAGCAAACAUCUUUAGUACAGCGCAAGCACAACUGAAUAUAAUCUUGUUAUAUCUUGUCUUUCCAUUGCACAAUAUGUAAGAUCCCCAUUACAGUCAUUGAAAAAGAAGUCAGCUUCUCUCAGUUUUGCCCAGUACUUUGCAAAUACUACCUAACAAUACUAAGGCCUAUGACUGCAUUUUGGUAACAGUAUGUUAAACAGUAUAUAUUCUAUAGCAAUGUGAUCUCUUAAAUGCUGCACAUAGGAAAAGCUGCCCUGUAAUAGAACAGCAUGAUGUUAGAAACAGCACUUACUUACUAUACGCCUGAGCACUCCACAGAAAUAUUUUAAAAAAUAUAACUCAUGCAACAGUGUAAAUAAUGUUAUUUUUGUACAUAAUGAGAGGUUAUUGAAGAUAUGGGUGUAAUCCUCCUAACUGUGAAAGACAAUCUGUAUCUGGAGUGAAAGGCCUGUAUAGGUUAUGUCAAAUGUGUCUGGGCUGUGCUCAGUAUUGUUUAAAUGACAAAUGUAUUUAAAGGUGCAUUAUGCUUUUCUCCAUUAUGGUAUUGAACAUUUCUAUCUUCAUGGAGACCACACCAGACCAAGUUGCAAGUCAGAGCUGUGGAGAGGCAACCCGCUCAGUCAGAAUGCCUGUCUUUAGGUAUUUUUCAGCUAUAAAACCACCAAUAAUUGUAAGACAGAGUUGUUUAAUGUCAAACAUUGGAACAUUCCUGGUAGAGCAAUGACAUAUCCAUAGAAAAAGCAGGUGAUGGACCCCCGACCAAAUAGUUACAUAGUGCACCUUUAAACGUGGUCUUAAUAAAGUUGAUUCUGCAAGAAACAGAUUUUUUCUGCUUAUUAGAUUUCUUCACUCCUAUCAUUGUGUGUUAUUACAUCAUUUUACUGAUGCUUGUUUUUACAGUGUGAUUGUUAGUUGUUGCCUUGGAUCUUUGUUAUGAAAUAUAAAUGUACAGUAUUUUGACUACUAGUAAACAAACUAGAUAAACCUUAUUUUGGAAUAAGACCCUUUUCCCCUCUGUGAGCCGUCCCCCGGAGUGGCCACAGUUUGUCCCAGUGCGAUGCUUGAAUUGUAAUUGCAUUAAUGGCCUUGUGUUGUUUACAUUCCAGUGAGCCUUCCUUGUACCUGCUGUUUGCUCUUAACUGUUCAGCAGGAGAGAGAGACCUGUAGAUGAUGUCACCCAAACACCUGGAUGUGCCAUAGAAACGCUGUCAGAGAUGCUGUCAGUGCGGUCAGUAAAGACGUACAGUGUUAGCUCUGUUCAGUUCAUUCAAUUUCUGUUUAAUGUU